AUGAGUCUGGUGGGGGGCUUUCCCCACCACCCCGUGGUGCACCAUGAGGGCUACCCGUUCGCCGCCGCCGCCGCCGCCGCUGCCGCCGCCGCCGCCAGCCGCUGCAGCCACGAGGAGAACCCCUACUUCCACGGCUGGCUCAUUGGCCACCCGGAGAUGUCGCCCCCCGACUACAGCAUGGCCCUGUCCUACAGCCCUGAGUAUGCCAGCGGCGCCGCCGGCCUGGACCACUCCCAUUAUGGGGGAGUGCCGCCCGGUGCGGGGCCUCCGGGCCUGGGGGGGCCGCGCCCGGUGAAGCGCCGGGGUACCGCCAACCGCAAGGAGCGGCGCAGGACUCAGAGCAUCAACAGCGCCUUCGCCGAGCUGCGGGAGUGCAUCCCCAACGUGCCCGCCGACACCAAACUCUCCAAAAUCAAGACACUGCGCCUGGCCACCAGCUACAUCGCCUACCUCAUGGAUCUGCUGGCCAAGGACGACCAGAACGGCGAGGCGGAGGCCUUCAAGGCGGAGAUCAAGAAGACCGACGUGAAGGAGGAGAAGAGGAAGAAAGAGCUGAACGAAAUCUUGAAAAGCACAGUGAGCAGCAACGACAAGAAAACCAAAGGCCGGACAGGCUGGCCGCAGCACGUCUGGGCCCUAGAACUCAAGCAGUGAAGAAGAGGAGGAG